AUGCCGUGCCGUCGUGGAACUGACAGAGCGAAAAAUCAAUUGGAAAUCCAGAGUGUCUCAUGCGCUGCUGGAAAGACCCUGUGUGGCCAGAUGCUUAAGCGAAAACCCGACCGUUGGAUGGCCAAGGGUAAUCUUCGAGAACAAACUUCCGCACGACCCGGAAAUGGGUCGAAGGUCCCGACCCAGCACCGGACCCAACUGCCGGUGCCCCAGAUAACCCAAUAA